ACAGUUUUAGUAAAGAAGYAAGAUGGCGUCUCUUUCGAGGUCUGUCGUUUUAUUUGGACGUACAAGCACAAGAUUCAACGCUGUAAGAAAGUCUCUCUUACGUGGAGGAUCCGAGGAAGGACCAGGAAUGAACAUGCCAUUCCAGACCAAGAACAAGACCCGUCUUCUACUGGUCAUGUGCACCUAUCUAGGCACUUGCUUUAGUCUUCCAUUUAUUGCAGUUAGAUUCCAGAUGGCUAAGGCAGGAUCUGGUUGAUAAA